CUUUUUUGCACGCAGCAAUGUUUCGCGUGUGGCUAAACUGGGAAACAUCGAGGAAACAUGCGCGCGGUAAACAUGUUUCUGGAAACAUGUUUCCUCGUUUAGCCAGGGCCUAAGAGCAAUAAUAACCGUUAAAUGCAUUCAUAUAUUAAAUGCAAGGGGGAAAGAAGGUUAUAUAUAAGAUUUAAAAAGAGCUAGGCAAUGAAAGGAUGAAAGAUUGAAAGACAGAAAAAGAUAUAAAGGGAAAUAGGAGCGAGAAAAAAGACACACAAAUUAAAAGAAAAAAAGCACGAAUACUGAAGAAGAAAAGUUAUCCAUGAAAAGAAAAUAGACACCAUGAAACUAAAAAAAUCCAGAGAGACUUGCAAAAGGGAACUCAAAAGAAAGAAGCAUGGAAGCAUCAAAGAAUACUCGGAUGUUACGGUGACAAUACUUCCAGUAUUCAUGAUUAAUCAGCAAAAUAACCGUACUAUACGUUCUGAUCUCCUUACCUACUGCAAUGUUUAUAAGCGUUAUUUAUAAGAGCUCCAGGCUUAUCAAGAUAAUCUACUCCCGUGAUGACAAAAAGACAGCACUGUCCAUUAAGUGCAUUCAGCUGAAAGCAAGAGUGAGAUUGACUGUGAUUCACGGAUAAAUACUUUGGAAAACACACAUACAUCAUUAAGGCAAGGAGAAAAAAAAAUUAAUAGGUGACGGGGGAGGCGUUUGUUUGUUUGUUAUAGUUAAUAAUAUUAAAUAUUUUGUCUGGCGAGGAUUGGGAAAAACAGGGGUAGUAUUUAACGUCCCCCCGCCCCCCCUCCUCCUCUGCUUCUGUCGUAUUUGAGAUUUUAAACAUUAACAAGUUUUACAGAGACGGAGAGGCUGAUACUUUCAUACUUUUUAUUUGGGGGAUAAAAUGAGAAUUAGGUUGUAUUGAAAAAUUAGAAAGCACGCGCCUGCUGGUUCGUGCUUCUCWUAUUUUUGAUUAUAAGAACUUAGUUUUAUAAUUGUGAGUAUUUUAGCAUUAUUACAAACGGUAAACUUGAAAAGUCAUAUAUAUAGCCCACUGRCUCCAAAGUCUCUGUCUUAUUCGUCGUGGAAUGUUUUUCCAUCUCAGACGCGAUUUGCCAUUCUUUUGAAAWUAUGAUUCUUUGUUUGAAUUGUAUCCAUAUUCAUGUAACUUCCCAUGCAAAAACGUUAAACAAAGAAAUGAUACUCUUGGGAACAGAAAUGUCAACUGUAAUGGGAAAACAUUGCUUCACGCACGCGAUGAACAAGGUCAAUUCAUUCAUUUUUCCAUACGCAGAACAUGCUUAGAAUUGAAGAUACAACGGUAUCCUGCUAUUUAAGCAUCACUAGUCAUAUCCUCUUUCAUAGCUUGACUUCCAUCUUUUCAUGGUAACCCCAUAUUUAGUUAGAAUAUUCAAUCGAUUAGRUGACGGAUUAUUAAAACAGAUUCACCGGGCUACACGACCAUUAGUCUAAUAUCCUUCAAGCUAACGUUGGGUGACUCGUUUUCARCUGCUCUGUUUUGGGCGCCAUGUAUCUGUAAGAUAAUUAUACAUAGCGCUUUGUUCAAAAGUAUGGAAAUCAGGUAUAUAAAACACGAUCCAGAUGGAAAUAUUUACGUCUUUUUUUUAAAAGAUUCAAUGCAAAGAUGACAGUGUAUUUUAACGAUCAGCCAGGUACAUCAACUAAGUCCAGGCCUGAUAAAAACAUUACAGACUAGGUCACUACUAUCAUUCUCAUGACGUCAAGAUUUUCUUCGAUAUUCCUUAUUAACAUUAAUUCAUAUUACAAUCGAAUGAAUCGGGAGUCAACUUGGUAUUCCUUCAUACCGGCAACAACGAUCCAAACGCUAUGGGCAGAUUCAUUUUUGACAUAGAAACAUGAUUAUUUGAGGAACACUUCCCGCGGACAUCUUUUCACRAAAUAUGACAGCAAAACUCCCCACUCGAGUGAGCAUUUCAGCUCCAGAAGUCGGAAUUCGUGGACUUGUCAUGUCGCUAAACCCCUCGACAUCUCAACGAGGAGGACAGAGUAAAAUCCAUCCUUGGACAUUACGACAUGACUCGCUCUUCAAAGCCAUCUGGGAUUGGCUGAUCCUCCUUCUGGUCUUUUACACGGCCAUCGAGAUUCCAUACACGGUAGCUUUUACACUCGUUCAGCAAAUCAAAAAGAGAAAACCUUCGUCUUGGUUUAUGACUGAAGCAACUCCUCUACACAUCUGCAAUCUUUGGGUAGAUAUGAUGUUCAUCGUGGAUAUUUUGAUCAAUUUUCGAACGACUUUCAUAGCUCCUAAUGGUGACGAGAUUAUCAGUCAACCUAAGAGAAUUGCGCUUCAUUACUUGAAGACGUGGUUUAUCGUAGAUUUCUUUGCAGCCAUUCCAUUCGACAUCAUGGUAAAUCCCUCUGCUGAAGGGGUGAGUGACAAUGCAGCAACUUUAAUCGGUCUGUUUAAAACAGCACGUCUUCUACGACUCGUUCGUGUGGCUCGUAAACUCGACCGCUAUUCUGAGUACGGCCUUGCGGUGGUCAUACUCCUCACCUGUUUAUUCACUCUCUGUGCUCAUUGGUUAGCUUGUAUAUGGCACGCGAUAGGAGACGUUGAAUUCAACCAGCAGAAAGGAUGGAUUUGGUCGCUGACAAAUGAUCUUGGAAUGAAAUAUAAUGCUUCAGAUCCGAGCAAUGAUGGACCUGCGUUGGAUGAUCGGUACAUCACGGCAUUGUAUUUCACGUUAACAAGUCUGACGACUGUCGGUUUUGGUAACAUUUCACCCGACACCAAUGCAGAGAAGGCUUUUUCUAUAUGUGUUAUGAUUGUUGGCGCACUAAUGUACGCAUCUAUUUUUGGAAACCUGACCGCUAUCAUCCAGAGACUCUACUCCAGAACAUCGCGGUUUCAUAAAGAUUUAAGAGUCAUCGAGGAGUUUGCUAAAUUCCAUAAAAUUCCGAAUAGUUUACGAGAGGACCUCGAAGAGUACUUCCGACACGAAUGGAAUUACACUAAAGGGGUCGACAUCGAAAAUGUUCUCAAACGAUUUCCYGAGUGUCUACGAGCCGAUGUCUGCCAUUAUCUUCAUAAAAAAUUGUUCAACGAGUGYUCAGCAUUCGAGAACGCAGAAGAGGGCUGCUUGCGUGCUUUGUCCAUUAGGUUCUUUAUACGUCACUUCCUGCCAGGACAUUAUUUAAUCAAGCAAGGAGACGAAGUGACCAAUUUGUAUUUCAUUGUAAAAGGCAGCAUGGAAGUGGUCAAAGAUGGCAUGACAGUUUUAACGUUAGGUAAAGGUGACACAAUAAGCUGUGAUUAUGGGUCUCUGCACAGUACAUACCUACCCAAAGCAAACGCWAGUCUCCUGAUACAAUCGCACACCGAGAUCCACUACAUCCCUUGGAACGAUCUUCUUGUGGUCCUCAAGGCUUAUCCCAAAUUUAGAGAGGAAUUUUUAAACGAACUGGAGCUGGCCUACAACCUAGGAGAAACAGAAGAGGAGGAGGAAUUCUUUCUGACCGAGAAUCCAACAAAGCCCAGAGCACGUCGAUUAUCGAACGCACGAUUAACCUUACAAACGAAUAGUCGGAAGGAGUCAAUGGAKGAAAACGCGGUUUAUAAUCUUAACGGUAAAAUCCCAGGUUUUGAUUAUCAAGCGGACGGCACAAGUAGUAACAUUGAACUAAAUGAGGAUAUGAUUCCUAUUCUCGAAAAUAAAUCUAUAAAGGAAGAAAAGAAAGACAAAGUGGCACAGAUAAAACGCCUSGAGAAAAAGCUGGACAAUAUCGAUGAAAGAUUACUAUGUAUGGAAAAUAAAUUCAAUGAAACAUUUGAACAAUUGUUAGAACUGCUAAAGACRGAUGAAGAAAGCUCAAAGGAGAAUAUUAUUAAAUCCGUAGGAAAGAUACGUACGACAAGUGUAUGAUAAAUACGAUAUUGCGAUAUAAUAUCACCUUA